AUGGAGGAAGAACUCAAGAAUUUCAUCAUAGUGUGGAUUUCUGCAAUAAUCUCAGUAUCAUACUGUUACUACAUAUCUGCCAAUAUCAAAACCGGUGUUCUUCGAUUAUUCUCUGUUCUUCCGAUAUGUGGUCUGUUCUUUGUACUUCCUUUGUUCUUCUCCUCUGUGCAUUUCUCUAGCUCCACAGCAUUUUACCUCUCCGAGAUGGCCAGUUUAAAGCUUAUCCUGUUUGCAUUUGAUCAAGGACCUCUUUUCCCAGUUGCUCCUAAUCUCAUCCAAUUUGUCUGCUUCACUUGCUUCCCCAUCAAGCUUCAGAGAAACCCUAAAUCUCAGCCAUCACAAAACCAUUUCCACAAACGAGCUUUCGCCAUUAAAAUCAUGAUAUUUGGUGUUGUGUUACAUGUGUACAACUACAGUCAUUUUCUGCCUCAGACUGUGCUAUUGAGUCUCUGUUUCCUGCAUCUAUACGUGGAGCUUGAGAUUCUCUUAGGUCCCCUCAAAGUUCUGCUAAGUAUGGCUCUUGGGUGUGAUCUCGAGCCACAAUUCAACAAACCGUACUUAGCCACCUCACUUCAAGACUUUUGGGGUCGCCGUUGGAACCUCAUGGUCUCGUCUGUCCUCCGGUCAGGCAUCUACAAUCCUGUGCGGUGCGCUUGCCAACGCCCAAUGAAUUCUGGUUGGGCUAGGUUCAUGGGGUAUUUGGUAACGUUCCUUGUCUCCGGUCUGUUUCACGAGCUUGUAUACUUUUAUAUAACUCGUGAGACUCCUACAUGGGAGGUCACUUUGUUCUUUGUGCUAAAUGGGGUUUGCACGGGGACAGAGGUGGCUGUGAAGAGGACAGCGUUUUUACAGCGGUGGUGGCCAGUGAGAUCGUCAGUGUCACGGCUUCUCACGAUGGGAUUUGUAGUUGUCACCGGUGGUUUGCUGUUUUUUCCUCUGUUUAUACGGAGCGGCAUGAUGGAGAGACGCGCCAAUGAGACCUUGUUCUUCCUUGAUUUCGUGAAGCGCAAGUUUUCCAUUUUCUAG